AUGUCCUUCGGGUACGGCAUUGGCGAUGCCAUCUUACUCACACAGCUAGCUUGGAAGACCGUUCAACAGGCUCGUAAAGCAUGUGGGGAGCACGAUGAGCUAACGCGGGAGGUCUUGUGUCUGCAUGUCGUGCUACGACGGCUUGAGCAGGAGGCUGAGAAGCCCGGGAGCCCAAUAAAUGAUGAAGAAUCAGGCGGCACGUUUAAGGAAGAGUUGACGGUCAUCGUCGAUGGAUGUAAGAAGGUUCUGAAUGCGCUUGAUCAGGGUUUAACCAAGUACAACGCGCUUAGCGAACAAGGAAGGAGCGGCAGGAAGCUAUGGCAAAAGAUAGAGUUCGGGAAUGGCAAGAUGGAGGGUCUGGGAGGACUGAGGGGCAAGUUGACGUAUUACACGUCGGCUAUGUCUCUGUUCUUGAACAUGGUGUCGACGGGCACGAUGGGAAGGGUGGAAAGACAGAUGAAUGAUGCGGGAGGGGACCUCAAGGAGAUUAGGGUCGCUGUCAACGGCAUUACCGCACAUUUGAUGUCGAAAAUCAAUCGUAAUGAUGGAUCGAUACUUACAGCGUACACGGACGACGAUAGAGCCGUCUGGAAGGAGUUUCGAAGGGAAUUGCUUCAGGAUGGCUUUUCGAGCUCUGUCAUACGAAAGCAUAAGGGUCUCAUAAAGGCUUAUAUCGAGGAGCUUGGCAGCAGAGGUUUGCUCGACGAGGAGGAUCCAGACGAUGACGCAGAAGGGCAAUACUGUGGUGUUGGCUCCGCCGUCGAAGGAGCUGUAACCCACGAGACGGAGACAAAGAGUAGUUCCGGAGCUUCACUGAGACCAAAGGCAGAGGUCGAGUUGCCGGUGGCGUCAAAGCCGCCCCAGGAAUUUGAUACCAAGCCCAACGCAGCAUUGCACCUGCACACCGAGUUAGGAGACAGAGAAGGACCAUCUGGUGACCUUGCUUCGAGAGUCGAUUCCCAACCAGAGCCCAACGUAGAGUUGCGCUGGAUUUGGUUGAGUAAUGAGAGCAACGAAAAAAGCGAACAACCCCCUGCUGAAGAGACCACAGCGUCCAAAACUGAGAAUGAACCUAAAACCGCAACUACAAGUAGAGACAACGACAGACGGAAUCACCCAGGGAGAGAACCAAGAUAUCCACCAUAUCCAAUAGCACGCUCCAACUAUGAGACUACAAUGCCCACCUCCGAGGGUCAGAGCAGGACAUUAGUCAUGGAGAAAAGAUUAUUGCAAAACUACGCGAGCCUUAAGAUGUUCCUCGCUCAGUCUCUGCGAGAUGAGAAGGGCCACCCAAGACCACCUACAGUGAGGGAAAAGCUGUCACGAUUACCACUAAUCGUAUUUCAAGAGCUAAGCACGGACGUUUACGACGAGCUACUACGAAGGCAAAGCUCUGCAGAAUGGCAAACCAGUGGAUCAGACCACAUACCCCCUCACUUGCUGCCGAAGGACAACUUCCAUCCAGGACGAAAUCAGGCCCGUCGAAGACUUGCUACUUUGCCUCCACCAAGAUAUCAGGACCUAGCGACAGACGUUUUCUACGAGCUCGAAAGAAGGUUUCCCAUGUUCGCUGCGAAUAGUAUCAGCGGCGUUGGCAGUCCAAGCUAUGAGCAUGAGAGGCUCUACGAUGAGCUGGUAGUGUUCACAAACAGUGAGGAUGAGAGGUCCGACGAUGAGCUUCUCUCGAAGUAA